GGACCAGAGAUGGGACUGGGGUGCAGGUCUGGUUAGGCCUCUUUCAGACCAGGGACUCUAGUGGAUGUCCUGCCCAGCUACCAGGACCAGAGAUGGGGCUGGGGAACCUCCUAUGGGAGGAUGAACAGAAGAAGAGCAACAAGGACACGUGUAACUUUGAUAAGGAGUUCACUAAGAUGCCGGUGGAUCUGACUCCUACAGAUAAACUGUUUAUAAUGAACCUGGACCAAGACGAGUUUCUGGGAUUCUCCUACACCAACCCUGAAUACCCCUCUGACGAGGUGACUGGGGAGGAAGAGGAGGAGGAUGGACAGAGUUAAGACACACACACACCAACCCUGAAUACCCCUCUGACGAGGUGACUGGGGAGGAAGAGGAGGAGGGCGGACAGAGUUAAGACACACACACACCAACCCUGAAUACCCCUCUGACGAGGUGACUGGGGAGGAAGAGGAGGAGGGCGGACAGAGUUAAGACACACACACA